AUGGGGAAGGAGCCCCAUAGCAAGGGCAUUCUGCACCGAAGUGGAAAUGUACAGUUCUAUCUGAAGGUGUGUCAGACUCGGGAUGUAAAUCAUGGGGCAGUUUCCUCAUCGACAGACGGAGGGAGACGGGAGCCCCCGGUGACCGGCCUCUCCCCUCAGAUCACAGCCCAGGUCCUGAAGCGGGCGGUGCCCCCGGCGGCACAGAAGGCAGAGGACUCCCUGGCGAGUCUCCGCUCCUCAGAGCGAGGGCAGCCCCUCGGGGCAGCCGCUGGGGAGGGGCCGGAGGGUGCCCAGCUCGGGGGCUGCUGUGUGAAGAAGGAGCCUGAGGCCGAGGCGCAGGAGAUGGCCUCCGCCAGCCCCCCAAAUCCGGUCCAGUCCCAAGAGGGGCCAGUUGGACCUGGGGAACCGGACGCGGCCUCCUUCCACCCGCCCAGGAUGCAGUCAUCUGAGGCUGAUGGGGCGGGGGCGGAUGGAGGCCUCGCAGUGAUGGCCAACUCGGGGCAGGAGGAGUGGGGGCUGCUGGACCCGUCGCAGAAGGAGCUGUAUUGGGACGCGAUGCUGGAGAAGUACGGCUCCGUGGUCUCCCAGGGUGAGGACGGCGCCCACCCCCGGUGCCUGCACCCUCCGCUCCCCCCUCCCCCAGCUGUCUCCCCUGGAAGAUGCCGGAGCCCCGGAGGCCAGGCUGCUGUUGCCGGGGAGGGAGCCGCCCGCUCCCCGCGGCUGUGGGUUUGGGAUGAAUCCGCUUUCCGCGUCCGGAGGUUCCUGGCAGCGACCCUGGCCUCUGGCUUCUGCUUGGGCUCCGGAGUCCCAGCUUGA